CUGAGGAAGAUGGCGGCAUCCUUUCUGUUGAGACGUGUUUCUACAAACUUAACUUAUGCAUUGCCCCGAGUUUUGCAUAGAAAUGUUUUCUCUUCUGCGGAACUGUUGGAGAAAAGAUGUUUUAAGAGAAACCUGUCACUGACUCCUCGCUUUUAUUCAGAACUGAAGUACACAGACAAACACGAGUGGGUGCGAGUGGAAAAUGGCAUCGGCACUGUGGGCAUCAGCAACUUCGCUCAGGAGGCUUUGGGUGAUGUGGUCUACUGUGAGCUCCCUGAUGUUGGCAAAAAGUUCUCCCAGUCAGAGGAGUUUGGCACUCUGGAGAGUGUGAAGGCAGUGAGUGAGCUGUACUCUCCUUUAACAGGGGAGGUGACCGAUGUUAACCACACUCUCGCUGGCAAUCCUGGACUGAUCAAUCAGUCUUGCUACAAAGAUGGCUGGCUGAUAAAAAUGACAAUAUCAAUACCGGAAGAAGUGGAUGCGCUGAUGGAUGAAGCAGCGUAUGAGAGAUACAUCAAAUCUAUAGAGGACUAGUAAUGUUCAAGACCCAACCGCAUAGAUUUGAUCUUUGUGUACUCCUUGGGUGAAAAUAACAAGAUGACAAUACAGUCAACUGUGGAUCACCUUCUUCUUUAUUACUGAUUUGUAAUAAACGAUUAAAGCCCACUGCUUUAGUUUAGAUAUAUAGAUAUCUAUUCCAGGCAAUAAAGCCACCAAUAUAACCAACUGUUUGAUCCGGUGGUAAUGAAUCAUUCAGUGCGCUCUCGCCCUACAUUCCAGCUUAAAGCUAAUAAUGUGAUAACACAGAUAUAUGAUGUGAUGUGUAUGACGCAGAACCUGCACAUUGACUCGAUAUGUAUUAGUUUGGUUUUGGUGACCGGUUUAUGGGUACGGUCCUUCCUUGUUUUUGUUUAGAGUCAGCAACUGAUUUACAAACACUUAUUAAAACACUACUGAUUUUCUGAAA